AUCAGUGAUCUAUCGUCCACAAUCACAGCCAUCGAUAUUACCUAUUUUGCCUUCGACGGCUUGGCAACCCUAGAGUAGAGCGCGUCGCCGUCAAACCGACGAAAAGCAGCAAGAAGAGGAGAGCAUAGAAAAUAUAAGAAGUGUGCAAAAAAGAAAGCAAAUUCGAGCAAUGAAGAAUAUAACUAUUAAAUGUAAAAUGCAAAUGGAGUGGUACCCGCCACCACCAACACAAAAGCAGCAGCAGCCCGAGAUCCACGAUCCUCCAGGUGACGCAGCAGCAGGUUGCAGCUUUCCUUGUAAGAGGCAGAAACUUGAAAAGAACACACAGAACGGUCAAAAUGUGCUGAAAAUCAACACGGUUGAUGGCCACAAGGGGCACGCUUCUUCUUCGACACCAGGCUCAGAAAGAAUGGGUGAGGAGAAAAACAAACUGGGAUACCAACAAUAUCAGGCACAAAACUAUCAGAAUGCGCUCAAACACUAUUCGGAUGCCAUCACUUUGUGCCCAGACUCAUCGCAGUAUUACAAUAAUCGCGCUGCCAUCUACUUACUGCUUCUCAAUUACAAUGGCGCCCUGGAGGAUGCCCGCAAGGCCAUCCGCUUGAAUCCAAGCUUACAGAAGGCGUACGUCAAUUUGGCCAAGUGCUGCCUGGCGCUGGGCGAUAUCAUUGGCACGGAGCAGGCCGUGAAGACUUUGAAGGAACUGAAUGCCCAAAACACGGAUGUCGAAGUAGAACAGCAGUCUGCGCAGAAGCUCCGCCAAUUGGAGACGACCAUACAGACCAACUACGACACAAAGGCCUAUCGCAAUGUGGUCUACCACGUGGAUAGUGCCCUGGAGCUGGCUCCGGCUUCCACUCGAUAUAGUCUCCUGAAGGGCGAGUGUCUAGCCUACCUGGGACGCCACGAUGAGGCUUUGCAGAUUGCCGUGGGCGUGAUGAAGCUGGACAGCACCUCGGCGGACGCCAUAUAUGUGCGCGGUCUGUGCCUCUACUACACGGACAAUCUUGAGAAGGGCAUCCUGCACUUUGAGCGCGCCCUGACCCUCGAUCCCGACCACUACAAGUCGAAGCAGAUGCGCAGCAAGUGCAAACAGCUGAGGGAAAUGAAGGAGAACGGCAACAUGCUGUUCAAGUCGGGGCGGUAUCGUGAGGCGCAUACGAUCUACACCGAUGCUCUGAAGAUCGAUGAGCACAACAAGGACAUCAAUUCGAAGCUUCUGUACAAUCGGGCGCUGGUCAACACUCGCAUUGUUGCUCUCCGGGAAGCAGUGGCCGAUUGCAGUCGCGUCCUAGAGCUGAACUCCCAGUAUCUGAAGGCCUUGCUGCUUCGUGCCCGCUGCCACAAUGAUCUGGAGGAGUUCGAGGAGGCAGUGGCAGACUAUGAGUCGGCCCUCAAGUUGCAGAAGACCACUGAUAUUGAAAAUUUGCUUCGCGAGGCCAAGCUUGCCCUGCAGAAGUCCAUGACAAGGGAUUACUAUAAUAUAUUGGGCAUAGAACGGAAUGCAUCGGAUGAGGAGAUUAAAAAGGCGUACCACAAGAAGGCACUGGUGCACCAUCCGGACAAACAUGCCAACAGCAGUGCCGAGGAGUGCAAGGCGGAGGAGCUGAAGUUCAAGAAGGUGGGCGAGGCCUAUGCCGUACUGUCGGAUGCGCGCAAGAAGGCGAUUUACGACAACGCACAGAAUAAUGCACAGCCAACGAUGGGAUCCUGUUCCAUGCGUCAGCUGUAG